AUGAAUAAAUAUGUAGACCAUACAAAAUGCACAGAGACAAGCACAAACACCGGGACUGAAUAUGAUAAUAAACAUAGAGUAUUGUCAAUAAAUGUAGAACACGAAGGAAUUGAGAAACACGCCAUAAUUGAUACAGGAUCAAAUAUUUCAUGUAUAAAUGUUUCGCUAAUCAAAAACCUUCAAUGCAUAAAAAACAAAGAACAAGUUACGAUAACAGGCGCCAACAAUUCAAAAUUGGAUCAAGUGGGAAAAAUAAAUUUAAUGAUUAAAAUAAAUAAUCAGCAAUAUUUUAUUGAUGCAUUUGUUAUAAAAGGUCUAAAUUGCGAAAUAUUAUUGGGGAAUAAUUUCAAUAUUAAAAAUAAUUUAAUAAUAAAUUUCAAAAACAAAAACAUAAAAAUCAAUAACGAUGUCAUAACGAUGAACGAAGUAUGGUAUAACUAUUACAAAGAGAAUAAUAAUUCAAACAACAGAGAAAGCAAAUAUAACAUAGCCAGCAUAAAUUAUAAUAAAAAAAAAAAUUGGAAAAAUCAUAUGUAA